AUGGCUUCGAUCCUUCGAGCAGUAGCAAGUAGUUCUUCAUCGAGUAUCGAUUCAACAAAUCCCACGAAUGACAUCGGCAAGCGUUUAGCUAAAUGGGCACUUGUUAUUGGUGUACCAACAGCAGUUUGUGUUGCAGCUUAUUUAGUUUAUCGGCAACAACAAGAUCUAGCGAAGAAAUCUGCCACGCGCCGUUCACCUUUACCAACUCCUCUGACAAGUAUUACAGGCACAACAAUCCAACCCACGCCGACGAAAGCAGCUGGCGAUACACUUUCGUCGCCGAAUAAUCAAACUAAAAAUCGUUUAACUCUAGCAAUCGAAUUAAAAAACGAAGGCAAUAUCAAGUAUCGGGAAAAUAAAUUCAAUGAAGCUAUCGACGCUUAUACAAAAGCAAUCGAAGCAUGUCCAACAGAAUCAACUGAAGAACUUUCGCAAUUCUAUCAAAAUCGAGCGGCAGCUUGGGAAUCAUUGAAAAUGUAUGAUAAAGUAAUUGAAGAUUGCUCACGAGCCAUUGAACUCAAUCCAAAAUACAUUAAAUGUAUUCAACGACGUGCACGUGCUGCUGAAUCUAUCAAAAAUUUUGAAUUAGCUCUCGAAGAUUACUCAACGGUCUGUUUUCUCGACUCCUAUCAACCAGCAUAUAUUAUGGCUGCUGAUAAAGUUCUCACCGAUCUUGCAAAACGUUACAUUGAAGCUUUACCACCCAGUACAGCGGAAUUGUCCAAAGAUUAUGUUCGCACAUCAUUGAACGAAUUCGAAGAUGAUCCAAUAUUGAAUCUCGCAUUCAUCGAUGAAGUUCAUACCAAUCGAUCAGAUUCGGCAUUAGCCCGUGCAUACCAAGCGUAUGAUGAAUGUCGUUUCACAGAUAUUUCAUCCUUAUGCACACAAGAACUCGAAUUGUCUCUUCCAUCACCCUAUAAACUACAAGCAACACUACUUCGUGGUUCAUUUUAUUUACUGAUGGGUGAUUAUAGAGAAGCAUUAGCCGACUUUAAUACAGUGAUCAAUGACCCGAAUGCGACAGAACAGAUGAGAAUUGUUGCCGAACUAAAACGAGCCAAUGCAAAAAUUCAUCAACGUGACCUUGAAGGAGCCGUCUAUGAUUAUGAUCAAUGCAUCCGCGCACAUCCGAACGCAUGUGCUCCACUUGUUCAUCGGGGCAUGUUAAAAACACUAGUAGAAAGUUAUUCUGAAGCUCACGAUGAUUUCAAAGAAGCACUGAACAUCUCACCGUCAAAUCUUCGAGCAAAAUAUCAACAGCUGAUAAACGAUGCCAAAAUUGCCAACAAAGCUAACAGACCCGAACGUGUUGAGCAAGCGUUGAAAAACUUCGAGGAAUAUUUCGAUCAAUGUAAAAAUGACAUCUACUAUGCACUUGCCUUAACAUCUUGCUAUUUGGAAAAUGAUCGAAAAGACAAAGCGUUGGAUUACCUAAACAAAUUCGUAACAGAAAUUCCAAAUAAUCCAACAUUAUUAGCGCUCAAAGCCAAUUGUCUCAUGGCGAAAGAUCCGUCGAAUAAUUUCGAAGCUGAAAGAUUGUUUCUCCAAGCGCUAGAAAUCGAUCCAUCCAGCGAGACGGUUCUAACAAUGUUUGCCAUGUUCAAAUGUAAUCGUAAUGAAUUUGAAGAAGCUGCGAAUCUAUAUGAACGCGCAAUACAAUGUACACGUGGAGAAGAGAAAUUGAUGCAAUAUGCUGCCUUACUCUAUGCAAUUCGUGCGCAAGGUCGGGCGAUGAAACGACUCAAAAUCAAUUUUCCAGGUGGAUUUCCUCAAGCCAAUGGCUCCUUACCGAAUUGGCUGGGUGCAAUGAAUUAA